CAGACAGAGAAGAAGAAGACACAACAAUUAAGCAAGCCCUUGUGUUUGUUGACAAAAAAAAAUGGAUUGGUUUUCAUGGCUCUCGAGAACAAACCUUGAACCAUGUCUGAUCCAAGAAUACGGCAUUUCCUUCUCCCAGAACGAGCUCGAACAAGAAGACACUGCUUACUUCAACCACGAGUUCCUCCAGAGCAUGGGAAUCUCCAUCGCCAAACACCGCCUCGAGAUCCUCAAACUCGCUCGUCGAGACCGCAAGAAAUCUCCUCCUCUCACCUCUCGAUCCAUCUCCAGAGUCGUCGUCGCCAUCAGGAAAACCGGCAAGUGUUUCUCCGAUCACCUACGCGCCUGGAUCCGCCGCGAAGAGUCCUCGUCGUCUUCGUCUAGAGCUCUGGUGCUGGUGCCGAAGAAGAAGAAGAGCGGCGGGAAUGGCAAGUGGAAAGGCGGAUUCUUGAAGAGGAACAAGAGAUCUGUGAUGCCAAGCAGCAACGGCAAUGGCGACAACAAGCAAGAGAGGUUGCUGUUGACCAACGGGACUCCGACUUGUAGAGUCGAUAGCUUCUCGAUGAGUCCUAUGGUUUUCGAUUACAGUUUCAAAGAGGAGAAACUUUCUUCCCAGGAUUUCCACGAUUCUUUUCUUGAAGAUAUCAAAUGGGAUUCAAUGUUCCAGAAUCUGAAACCUACUUGAACAUCUCGGAACUUCUGUUCUUUUUCAGGUUUUUCUUUUUUUCUUCGAAUCAGAUUGAUGGUGAGAGAUGAGAUUUUAGGGUUCUUCCACCAUGGAUUUUGAAAUUUUGCAUCUGUGUGUUGGAGUGUGUGAUUACUGAUUAUGUUUGUGUGUUGUUAGGCUGAUUAUUUUGGUUAAUUAGCAAUUUAAAAUUUUUAAAUUCGGUUUGAGUGCAAGUGACAGAUGUG